AUGUCAUUAAAUGUUUUUGCUGAUUUUAUUGUGGCCUCGAAUUUGGAAUGGGAACGAUUCAAAAAUAUUCACAAAAGAAUCUACGGAAACGAUGAAGAAAUCAAGCGAAAAAUUAUUUUUAUGAAGAAUUUACGAAAAAUCUAUGAGCACAAUGAGCGUUAUGAAAGAGGAGAAGAAUCAUUCAAACUAGCAUUCAAUCACCUCAUGGACCUGACUGAUGAAGAAUAUGGAGCGAUGAAUGGUUAUCGCAAGGAAGGCAAAAUGGUUGGGAAAACUUUCUUGAGACCUUAUAACGCUCAAAUUCCAGAAAAAAUUGAUUGGAGAAAAGAGGGUUUUGUCACUCCCGUCAAAGAUCAGGGAGAUUGUGGGAGUUGCUGGGCAUUCAGCGCCACUGGUGCCUUGGAAGGUCAACAUAAGAGGAAAACCGGAAAGCUUGUUCCUCUUUCACAACAGAAUUUAAUCGACUGUUCAAAAAGUAACAACGGUUGCAACGGUGGUUUAAUGGAUGAUGCAUUUCAAUAUAUCGAAAUAAACAAAGGCAUCGAUACCGAAGAAUCAUACCAGUAUGAAGCAAAAGAUGGCGAAUGCAGAUUUAAAAAGGACCAUGUUGGUGCUACAGAUGCGGGGUUCUUUGAUAUUAAAUCGGGGGAUGAAGAAGCACUCAUGGAAGCUAUUGCGACUGUUGGACCCAUCUCAGUAGCCAUUGAUGCCAGCGAUCCAAAACUGAAAUUAUAUGGAGGCGGAAUAUUCAAAUCUGAUAAAUGUGACAGUCAGAAACUAAGUCAUGCGUUAUUAGCAGUUGGUUAUGAUAAGGAUCCGAAACAUGGAGAAUAUUGGAUUGUCAAGAAUAGCUGGGGAACCGAGUGGGGGAUCGAUGGUUAUCUUCAUAUCGCUAGGAAUCAUUCGAAUAUGUGUGGCAUUGCUUCGUUGGCCAGCUAUCCUUUAAUAUAA